AUGGCGGCGCCCUCGGUUGUCAUGCCGCUGCUCAGCCGGUUGUUAUGCCGGGUACAUGGGCAUCCUGUCCGGCCUCUGUGUUCUGGGAUCUACCGCGCUAAUCCUCUGAGGGCGGAGGAGAAGCCGGCGGCGGCCGGGGACAUGGCGCCAGUAGACACAAAUCUCCUAAAACAGUUCCCGUCUCCGAAGAACCUGCUGCACUGCGUCAUCAGCCAGGGCCUGCGGACGUCACAGGUGCGGGACAAGCUGACCUACACCCACAGCGGCAGCGGCAGCAAAAACAGAGUCACUCUUCGCCUAAAAUGGCCAAAACUCAUUGAAGUAGAAGGUUAUGGACCAAAAAAGAUCGAUGCGGAGCGGCAGGCGGCGGCCAUGGCGUGUAAGAUACUACAGGAUCUUGGAUUGCUGGAGCCGAGUAAUCCAGCGCAGAUCGGAGACGAUGCGGAACCCGUCUCUUCACGGACAAGAACGAGGAUCCGAGAGUCCAGGGUUGUCCCAGUGGAAGUGUCCGAUGGAGAUGCAGAAGCCGCCCGGUGUCUCCGUGUGUUCUCCAAUCCCAAACAUCUGCUCUCCUCCGUCAUUCAAGUGGCCACCUCGUGCAGUUCUGCGGAUUACGUGAAAUACCAGCACGUAGGAGGGCGAAUCAAGACCUGCCAGCUGACCCUCAGCUGGCCUGAACCUUUGACCUUCGUUGCGAGGGGCCAGCGCCGGACUGAAGCUGAGAGGAAAGCUGCCGCCCUCGCCUGUCAGAAGCUAAAGGACCUGGGACUCCUCGACCCCCACAAUCAGCCCCUGACCAACGUCAUGUACAACAUCUCAUCAGUGCAGAAAGUUAAAGAACAGCAUAGACAAGCAAAGAGGUUCCAGGUUCCCGAGCACCUGCUGCAGAGGAUUGAGGAUUAUUUCUGGAGGUUUCCCUUAGAGCCCGGCACUAGAUCGCGUUUCCAAGAGGAUUACGAUGAGGCCUCAUCUAUGGAGGCGUCAGAUGAGUCCUGUGCGUCCUCUGAUUUCUCUGACCCAAUCACCGGCCGCCCGUACAUUCCGCUAUCUGAGGCCGAAGCUUCCCAUAUCAGCCUCUCCCUGGAAGAAAGGUGGGACAGCAGUAUCGCCCUACAGGAGCUGCCCACUGACGGGCAUCGUGAGCUCAUCCUGUCCGCCAUUAAGAAACAUCAAGUGGUGGUGAUCGCCGGGGACACCGGAUGUGGCAAAACCACCCGCAUCCCGCGCUACAUCCUGGAGGACGCUAUCCUGAGUGGCCACGGCGCUCAGUGUAACAUGCUAAUCACUCAGCCCCGAAGGAUCAGUGCCGUGUCCGUGGCUCACCGUGUGGGCCAAGAAUUGGGGCCGAGCCUACGCCGUAACGUGGGCUAUCAGGUCAGACUGGAGAGUGAUCUGCCGCCACGCGGGGGCGCCCUCCUCUUCUGCACUGUUGGGGUGCUGCUAAAGAAGCUGCAGACGAAUCCAGAGCUGGAAGGGGUGAGCCACGUGGUGGUGGAUGAGGUGCAUGAGCGGGACGUGAACACGGACUUCCUGCUUAUCCUCCUCCAGCAAGUUCUAGACUUGAACCCCAACCUCAAGAUCGUCCUGAUGAGCGCCACCGGCGACAACGAACGCAUCUCCCGCUACUUUGGAGACUGCCCGAUUGUGAGGGUGCCGGGAUUUAUGUACCCCGUGAAGGAGCAUUAUCUGGAAGAUAUCUUACCUGUGCUGGGACGGAGGUCCUACCAAAAGCCACAGACUCGCGAGGAAUGUGUCCCGGACCUGGAUCUGAUCAGUGACGUCAUCCUUCAAAUCGACAAGUGUGGCCCUCCAGGGGGGAUUCUCUGCUUCCUUCCCGGCUGGCAGGAGAUUCGCCGCGUACAAGAGAUUCUGCAGCAGCAGAGGAACAGACAACACCUGAUCCUACCAGUUCACUCCAACAUCCCCUUGAUGAACCAGCAGGCCAUAUUCGAGUGCCCGCCUCCUGGCGUUCGUAAAAUCGUCCUUGCUACAAAUAUCGCGGAGACGUCGGUCACCAUCGACGACAUUGUACACGUGGUCGACACCGGAAUGCACAAAGAACAGCGGUACGACCUCAAGACAAAGGUCUCAUGUCUGGACACCACCUGGGUGUCUAAGUCCAACGUGACCCAGAGACGUGGCCGAGCCGGACGCUGCCAGCCAGGGUUCUCCUACCAUCUGUUCACCCGCGAGCAGCAUCAGGCCAUGCCCACCUUCCAGGUGGCGGAGAUACUACGGAUACCAUUGGAGAACCUGGUGGUCCAGGCCAAGAUUCACACCCCAGAGAUGACGGCUGUAGAGUUCCUCUCUCAAGCCCUGGAGAGUCCCGACCGCCACGCUGUCAUGGACGCCGUGCGAUUCCUGCAGGAGAUCAGGGUCCUGGAUAAAAACGAAGAGCUGACGCUGCUAGGCCAACGUGUCGCCAGCAUCUCGACUGACCCCAGCCUAGCAAAGGCCAUUGUGCUGGCCUCUAUAUUCCGCUGCCUGCACCCGCUGCUGGUCAUCGUGGCCUGUCUUACCAAGGACCCAUUUCUGGGUGGAAUAAUGAACAGGACAGAAGUGAACAAGGUGAGACGGACCAAGAGGGGGUGCUGCCUUCUGCAGUUAUUAUUUCCUCCACUAGGUGGCUGCGAGGGAUAA